AUAUGCACAUAAUUUGCCAUGUAAAUGGAAGGAUAGGGGGACCCCUAGCUUCGUGGGGAUACCUGGCUAAUUAUCUUUUUAUUUGGCAGAUAUAAACAAUAAAUCUGGACGUUAGUAAAGAGAUUAUACUAUUAAGAAUGCUAGAGCUUGAAAGGGAUACAAUUCAAAACUUGAAUCAACAGUAUGAACGGUGAUAGAACUAGGGUUGGGAGAUCAUACCUUUCAUCAGCAUCAUCUCAAUCCCUCUGUCAGGUGAUUGAGCAGCAGGAGCCCUUAAGCUCUAGUUCAGGAACUACAGGAUCUGAUCUUGACUCCGAUGAUGCUGGAUCAGAAUAUUCACCAAGCGAACCAGAGGAGAAGAUAGAAGAUGAGGGUGAGGAGGAUGGGGGAGGAGGGGAUGACAAUGAAGGAGAAGGAAUGGAUAAGUUUGAUGAUGGAAAAUGUAGAAAACAAAUUCAACAGUUGUGUGAAGACCUGAAAGACAAGCUGGAGUACUCUGAUAGUGGUGAGUUUCAUGCCCCCGGACUGUGUGCUUUUUUACUCUCAUUGGUCUCUCUUCUUCUAGUUCUAGCAACUAUGCCUUUAUCCCUCUACAUGUGCAUUAAGGUUGUCCAGGAAUAUGAGCGAGCAGUUAUUUUUAGAUUGGGACGUCUGGUUCGAGGGGGAGCUAAGGGUCCCGGAAUUUUCUUUAUCUUGCCUUGCAUAGACACGUAUAAAAAGGUUGAUCUAAGAACUGUGUCCUUUGAUGUGCCGCCACAAGAGGUUCUCUCGCGUGAUUCUGUGACAGUAACAGUGGAUGCUGUGGUCUACUACAGAGUAUCUAACCCUACUAUGGCCACAAAUAAUGUGGAAGAUUAUGGUCAUUCCACGCAUCUUUUAGGAGCUACCACACUUAGAAACGUGUUGGGAACUAAAUGUUUGGCAGAAAUACUCUCUGAGCGUGAAGAAAUCUCUCAUUGGAUGGAAACUACUCUUGAUGAGGCAACCGACCCUUGGGGAGUUAAAGUAGAACGAGUCGAAAUAAAAGAUGUUCGUUUACCGGUGAUUUUACAAAGAGCUAUGGCAGCAGAAGCAGAAGCAGCUAGAGAAGCCAGAGCUAAGGUAUCUAUUGGAAGUUUUUGA